AUGAACAAGGUUUCUUAUAUCGAUGUGGAGAUAGUGAGGAAGGCGGUAAAGGCUCUGUUGAAAUUUUCCCGCGGCGAAGACAAGAACAGCCUACUGGAGGAGGAUGAGCUCCUCUACCUGGUCAUUGCGUUGAAGAAAGUCCCGCAAAAGCCGCGGCAUGACAAGCCCAUCCGCAUCCCAAUUCCACACCCCAUCUAUGUGGCGGAGAAUGCGGAGGUCUGCCUGUUUGUGAAGGACCACAAAGGCGAGGGGCACAAGGCGGCCAAGAGCAAAGUGCGGGAGGAGCGGGUUGCGGGCAUCUCCAAGGUGGUGGGGCUGAGCAAGUUGCGCACCAAGUACGAGAGCCACGAGGCCAAGCGGCAGCUGUGCAAUAGCUACGACAUGUUUGCAGCAGACGAGCGGAUACUGCCGUCACUGCCCAAACUGCUAGGCAAGGCAUUCUUCAAGAAGAAGAAGCAGCCGGUGCCGGUGCGGCUGACGGGCAAGGACUGGGCGGGGCAGAUACGCAGGGCUUGCGAGGCGACGUACCUGUUCUGGUCAGGCGGCAACAGCCUGGCGAUCAAGGUGGCCAGAUCGUCGCAGAGCGAGCAGCAGGGCGUGGAGAACACGCUGGCCGCCAUUGCAGCCGCAGUAGAGAAGGUGCCACGCAAGUGGGACGGCGUGCAAGCGGUGUUUCUGAAGACGGCAGACAGUGUGGCGCUCCCCAUGUACCAAGUGCUGCCAGAUGCGCCGACCAGGAUUGACCAGUAA